AUUUAACUUUGCUGAUACUGUUAUUAAACAACACGUAUAAGAGCUUACCUAGGGCUACGCACUUAACAGCCAUGGCGUGCGAUGAGUCCAGGCAUUUAGAACAGCUGCAGCGGCAAAUCGACGAAAUCGAGGCCCUACGAGCCAUGUACGACAACGGCUUUGAAGACGGCAGCUGUCCCCCCGGCAGCAGCAGCAGCAGCGGCAGCAGUGCAGCUCUGCAGCUGGAGGCUGUGGAGCGCGGGGCACUCAGCCUGGCGCAGCAGAUGUGUGACGCGGCAGCAGCGGCAGCGGCAGUGGGAGCAGCGGGAACAGCAUCAGCAGAUGCGAGGAGGGGGCUUGAAGGAGACAGCGG